AUGGCUAUUGCAAAGGAAAGAAUCUUGAGAUUUGGCUUCAAAUGUUUCUUUUUAGCAACGUUUUUGCUAGCCUGUGAUGGACAAAGUGGGAAGAGAGAGAAUGGUGGUCCUGCCUGUUACGGAGGAUUUGAUUUAUAUUUCAUUUUAGACAAAUCAGGAAGUGUCCUGCACCACUGGAAUGAAAUAUAUCAUUUUGUGGAACACUUGGCCCGUAAGUUCAUAAGUCCACAGCUGAGGAUGUCCUUCAUUGUUUUUUCCACGAGAGGGACAAUUCUAAUGAGGUUAACAGAAGACAGGGAACAGAUACGCCAAGGGCUAGAAGAGCUGCAAAAAGUCCUUCCGGGAGGUGACACAUACAUGCAUGAAGGAUUUGAAAGGGCAAGUGAACAGAUUUACUAUGAAAAUGUUCACGGUUACAGAACUGCAAGUGUCAUCAUUGCACUGACAGAUGGAGAACUCCACGAGGACCUCUUUUUCUACUCGGAAAGGGAGGCCAAUCGGUCACGUGACCUGGGAGCCACCGUGUACUGUGUUGGUGUGAAAGACUUCAACGAGACACAGCUGGCUAGAAUUGCCGACAGCAAAGAUCAUGUCUUCCCAGUGAAUGAUGGUUUUGAAGCUCUGCAGGGGAUCAUAGACUCUAUUUUGAAGAAAUCAUGUAUUGAAAUUCUGGCUGCAGAGCCUUCCAGUAUAUGUGCAGGGGAGUCGUUCCAGGUUGUCGUGAGAGGAAAUGGAUUUCGGCAUGCCCGCAACGUUGACCGAGUGCUCUGCAGUUUCAGGAUCAAUGACACAGUUACUCUCAAUGAGAAGCCUUUUAUUGUGGAAGAUACUUAUUUGCUCUGCCCAGCACCUGUGUUACGGGAAGUUGGCAUGGAAGCUGCACUUCAAGUCAGUAUGAAUGAUGGGCUGAGCUUCAUCUCCAGCUCCGUCAUCAUCUCCAGCACGCACUGCUCAGAUGGGACUAUCCUGGCUAUCGCGUUGCUGAUCCUCUUCAUCCUGCUGGCCCUGGCUCUUCUCUGGUGGUUCUGGCCUCUUUGCUGCACAGUGAUCAUCAAAGAGCCCCCACCGCCGCCUGCAGAGGACAGCGAGGAGGAAGAUGAUGACGGCCUUCCAAAGAAGAAGUGGCCAACAGUAGAUGCUUCGUAUUAUGGUGGCCGAGGAGUUGGCGGUAUCAAGCGGAUGGAGGUGCGCUGGGGUGAAAAGGGCUCCACGGAAGAAGGUGCUAAGCUGGAGAAAGCCAAGAAUGCCCGAGUCAAGAUGCCAGAACAGGAAUACGAGUUCCCCGAACCCAGGAAUCUUGGGAACAACAUGCGCAGACCCUCCUCUCCUCAGAAGUGGUACUCUCCAAUCAAGGGGAAAUUGGAUGCUCUCUGGGUCUUGCUGCGGAAAGGUUAUGACCGUGUAUCUGUGAUGCGCCCUCAGCCAGGAGACAAGGGCCGCUGCAUCAACUUCACCCGCGUGAAGGAUGCGCAGGCGCCCCCCAAAUACCCGCUGAACAACGCCUGCCCCCCGCCUGCCCCCAUCUAUACCCCCCCGCCGCCUGCGCCUGUCUACACUCCCCCCGCUCCCCCCGCGCCCUCGCCCUCCUCCUCGCUGCCCCCGCUGCCCCCCCCGCCCGGCAGGGCCCCCCCUCCGUCGCGGCCCCCUCCUCGCCCAGCUGUCUAG